AUGCCGGAAAAUGAAAGGGCUUUUAACAAAGUUGAUUAUAUUGAUUAUGUUGAUUAUGUUAAAGUUAAUUAUGGCAUUUUGUUUGAUUAUUUGCGAGGCAAUGUGAAUAGUGCGUUAAAAUGUUACGAUAUGCUUGAGGAAGCUGUUUCCGGCAAGGAGAAUGAUUAUCGAUAUGCUGAUAUUGCUUAUAUUGAACCAAUAGAUAAUGAUUAUGUUUCUGAUAACUAUUUAACAACUGAAAGACAAAAUCAAGACGGAAAUCUCGCAAACCAUCAUAUUUUUAAAGAUGAAAUCGAUGGAUCAGGUGGAUUUGCCCUCGUAAUUAAUGGCAAUUCGUUAUCAUUUGCUCUUGAAGAAAAUCUGGAAAAGGCAUUUCUUGAUAUAGGUUGCCUUUGUCAGGCAGUAUUAUGCUGUCGUGUUACACCGUUACAAAAAGCACGAGUCGUGAGUUUAGUCAAACGAAACAAAAAAGCAGUUACUUUAUCAAUAGGUGACGGUGCAAAUGAUGUAUCAAUGAUUAAAACAGCGCACAUAGGCGUUGGAAUAUCAGGUCAGGAAGGUAUGCAAGCUGUUCUUUCGUCAGAUUAUAGUAUUGGUCAAUUCCGUUAUCUCGAACGGCUUUUGCUUGUACAUGGAAGAUGGUCUUAUUUUAGGAUGACAAAGUUUCUGCGCUAUUUUUUCUAUAAAAAUUUCGCAUUCACUUUAAUCCAUUUUUGGUAUUCAUUUUUUUGUGGAUAUUCUGCUCAGUCCAUAUUUGAAGCAGUUUUUAUUGCAAGUUAUAAUAUGCUUUUCACUGCUUUUCCUGUAUUAGCAAUGGGCAUUUUUGACCAAGAUCUUAAUGACGAAUAUAGCUUAAAAUACGAGAAAUUAUAUAUUCCCGGCCAAUAUAAUUUAUUCUUCAAUAUGCGAAUUUUUAUUUAUUCUGUUUUGCAUGGAAUGAUUAGCUCAUUAGUAAUAUUCUUUAUACCAUACGGUUCGAUAACAAAUGGAUCGGCAUCAGAUGGACGUGAUAUGAAUGAUUAUCCGCUACUUGCAUUUAUUUGUUCAACAGCAUUGAUUAUGGUGGUUACUGGCCAAAUUAUUAUCGAUACAUCUUAUUGGACUGUCUUCAAUCAUAUUGUCAUUUGGGGAUCGUUAAUACUUUAUUUUGGAUUGUCAUAUAUUUUCUACGAAGCGUUACCAAUGUCGGUUGUCGCAAAAUCCCAGUCUGCGCUAUCAUACGGUGUAAUAAUUCGAGCAUUUAGUUCACCGAUGUUUUGGUUAAAUCUUCUUAUGAUUGGAUGUGUUUUACUUCUUCCAGUAAUUUUAAACCGAUUCUUUUGGUUUGAUACGCAUCCAUCGUAUGCGGAUCGACUUCUUGCGUAUAAAAAAUUCUCGAAGACGCCAGUGGAAAAAGCUAAGAUGCCACUGAAACCGCUUAGCCGAAUAGCACCUACGCGACGGAGCAGACAUGGAGGAUCUCUUCGUUCUGGUUAUGCGUUUUCUCACCAACAAGGUUUCGGUGAUCUUAUUAUUAAAGGGAAACUGUUUAAACAAGUCGAAAAUCUUACAAACAGGCAAAUUGUAUCAAAUGAAACAGCUUCAACUCCAGUCAGCGAAAAUUCACAAAUAACCCGUAACAGUCCACUGUUAUCACAGAGGUCUUUAUCACUAAAAUCGGACAAAACUUUUAAUGGAGAUGAAAUGUCAAAACAACCAAUUUGGAAAAUUUGCCGCAAUAUUCCACAAAAGAAGCUUUGUACGAUUAACGAAGAAAGUCCAGGACACUACAUUAUAACAGUUGAUGACGGCAGUGAAAUGGUUCAAACUUUGGAAGAAAAUAUGGAAGAAAAGAGAAUUAAGCCGAAAAAUCGGAGUAAUUUACUUGCAGUUUCCGCAAAUCGUGUAGCACCUAUCGCUGACGGAAUUAAUUUUACUUCCUUUGAAAAUGAUAGCUCAUAUUCAGGUCAGUCAGAUCAAGACACUGAAUCAAAAAAUUCUUCUAACAAGAAGAAAAAGGUUUAUUUUAUACCUCUGAUUAAGAUUUUUUCAUUUCGCUUAGUUCUUGCAUAA